UCUUUAAUGUGCAAUCUGUUUUCUCCAGCGGAGGGCACUCAGUGUAUCACAAACUCAAGCAUUAGCACCAACAAGCUCUGAGCAUCAUCAGUCUCUGGAAAGCCUUCUGAAUUAGACAAGGGCUGCCUCUCAGCACAGCUACAAAACACUUUAAACCUGACCAGCUAAAUGGAUAAACCUAGCCUGCAUAGCUUUUAAACUGGGGUCUCAUACAGCACAGGAGGCCUACUUGCUUCAAGAACUGAAAAUCCAGAGGAUGAAUUGCUUUAUCUGGGAAUGGCAAAAGCCAGCACAAUAAGGAAUGCCAGUUUGUAUGGGGCUACUAGCUCACAUGCGGGAUCAGAAUGGUGUGAAUGACAGCCGCACUGUGUCAUGAAGGUGGUGGUGGUUUCAGCACGAGAGACCAAAUAAGAAGAAAGCUGAGAGAGGGGGGAACCGUUUUUGGAUGACAAAGGAUGGGUUUCCGUUUAAUUACGCAGCUGAGAGGCAUGCGUGUGGUGCUAGUGCUACUUCCUACACUGCUGCUUGUUAUGCUCACGGGGGCUCAGAGAGCUUGCCCAAAGAACUGCAGAUGUGAUGGCAAAAUUGUAUACUGUGAGUCUCAUGCUUUCGCAGAUAUCCCUGAGAACAUUUCUGGAGGGUCACAAGGCUUAUCAUUAAGGUUCAACAGCAUUCAGAAACUCAAAUCCAAUCAGUUUGCUGGCCUUAACCAGCUUAUAUGGCUUUAUCUUGACCAUAAUUACAUUAGCUCAGUGGAUGAAGAUGCCUUUCAAGGGAUCCGUAGACUGAAAGAAUUAAUUCUAAGCUCCAACAAAAUUACCUAUCUGCACAAUAAAACAUUUCACCCAGUUCCCAAUCUCCGCAAUCUGGAUCUCUCCUACAAUAAACUUCAGACAUUGCAAUCGGAACAAUUUAAAGGUCUUCGGAAACUCAUCAUUUUGCACUUGAGAUCUAACUCAUUAAAGACUGUGCCGAUAAGAGUGUUUCAAGACUGUCGAAAUCUUGACUUUCUGGAUUUGGGUUAUAAUCGUCUUCGAAGCUUGUCCCGAAAUGCUUUUGCUGGCCUCUUGAAGUUGAAGGAGCUCCACUUGGAGCACAAUCAGUUUUCCAAGAUCAAUUUUGCUCAUUUUCCACGUCUCUUCAAUCUCCGCUCAAUUUACUUACAGUGGAACAGGAUUCGUUCCAUUAGCCAAGGCUUGACAUGGACUUGGAGUUCCUUACACAACUUGGAUUUAUCAGGGAAUGACAUCCAAGGAAUUGAGCCGGGCACAUUUAAAUGUCUACCCAAUUUGCAAAAAUUGAAUUUGGAUUCCAACAAGCUUACCAACAUCUCACAGGAAACUGUCAAUGCGUGGAUAUCAUUAAUAUCCAUCACUUUGUCUGGAAAUAUGUGGGAAUGCAGUCGGAGCAUUUGUCCUCUAUUUUAUUGGCUUAAGAAUUUCAAAGGAAAUAAGGAAAGCACCAUGAUAUGUGCAGGACCUAAGCAUAUCCAGGGGGAGAAGGUUAGUGAUGCAGUGGAAACCUAUAAUAUCUGCUCUGAAGUUCAGGUGGUCAACACAGAAAAAUCACACCUGGUACCCCAAACGCCCCAGAAGCCUCUGAUUAUCCCUAAACCUACAUUUUCCAAAUCUGACCCCACCCAGCCCACCCUUGAAACACCAAGCCCUUCCCCAGGGUUUCAGAUUCCUGGCACAGAGCAAGAGUAUGAGCAUGUUUCCUUUCACAAAAUUAUUGCAGGGAGUGUGGCUCUGUUUCUCUCAGUGGCCAUGAUCCUCUUGGUAAUCUAUGUGUCUUGGAAACGCUACCCAGCCAGCAUGAAACAACUUCAGCAACAUUCUCUUAUGAAGCGGCGACGGAAAAAGACCAGAGAGUCUGAAAGACAAAUGAAUUCCCCUUUACAGGAGUAUUAUGUGGACUACAAGCCUACAAACUCUGAGACCAUGGAUAUAUCCGUUAAUGGAUCUGGGCCCUGCACAUAUACCAUCUCUGGCUCCAGGGAAUGCGAGAUCCCCCACCACGUGAAGCCCUUGCCCUAUUACAGCUACGACCAGCCUGUGAUCGGCUACUGCCAGGCUCACCAGCCGCUCCGCGUCAACAAGGGCUACGAAGCAGUGUCUCCGGAGCAGGACGAAACCCCCAGCCUGGAGCUCGGGCGCGACCACAGCUUCAUCGCCACCAUCGCCCGGUCGGCGGCGCCGGCCAUUUACCUUGAGAGAAUAACAAACUAACGCCAAGGCCAACUCCUCGGGAGGGACCUCGGCGGGGCUGGGGGCGGGGAGGGAAGGCUUCAUCUUAAAGGAGAAUGGGUGUCCAAAAUCAAGCAAGCAAGCCGGCUCAUCCUUUCUGUUCAGCCAGGACACACAGGAAAGGAAAAAAGAACUGCUUAAAGAGGGCAGCGGAUGCACCUGCAGCAAAACCAGGAGAACACUACAGUACUUUCUUUGCGUCGAAACAAAACAAAACUUCUCCUGGAUGUAAAUAGUCCAAGUGUCGAGUUCUUAUAAAAAUAGAUUUCACCCUAGCUCCAUAUAGGAUUGUUUGUAUAUUUGCUUUUUCUACACUGCAUGGUUCCUGGGCUGGAGAACCACAGGGGGGCGGGGGGUGGGGUGGGGGGGAACCUGAGCUGGGUGGGAAGUUGGGGUCACAAUACACUUUUCCUUGUUAGGUGUGUGUAAUUCUUACAGACUUGAUUUCAAUUGCUUUAUUUCAUUUUUCCUCUAAAAUGCUGUUUGUUCCUGUUUGAUUUAUUUUCAUUUUUUUUUUCCUGGUCUAGUGAAUCUGUUUCCAAUUCUAAACAUGGGCAUUAAAGCUUAUGUUGUACCAAAAGAAAAUUUGCUUUACGACAGGCCACAAAGAAAUAAAGUUGACCACAGAGUUUGACAAAACUACUGGAAUGAAAAUCCACAAAAACUGGGCGAAUGAUCCUUCAAAACACACGAAGUACACAGUAUGAGGAGUUUUGAUUUGCUUUUUUUUCUUAUUGGCAGUCCUCACUGUGACUUUUCACUGUGUAAGGAUUCUGAAAGGGAUCUGUACAGACUUCUGGUUGGAAAGACCAGCAGAAAUCUUCUCAUAUGGACUCAGUCCUAUGAAGAACAAUGGCCAUGUGGUCAAUGAAUAAAACUGCCAAGUUGACAAAUUUCUAAACACAAGAUAAUGUAUAACAUUGCUUUUUAAAUUAAUUAUCAAUUAGCUUUUGUGUAGUUUUUAUCAAUAAAAGAAAACAUGUUGGAAAAAUAAAUAUAUGAUUUUGUGGUUGGUAUACCACAGCUCACUUAA